AUGAGUGUAUACAAAGGUCGAGGCAACAAGAAAGAUUGUAUUUUAUUGAGAGAGUGCUUUGAAACCGUGGCAGCAAUAGAGGCGUCCUAUUUCCGAUCAAAGAGCAGGCGCGCUUGCCUUCAUGUGUUGCUGGGAAUUAUUAUUUCUGGAGGUAUGAGGAUAUGUCGGGCCGGCCAUCAUAGCCAAUGGAUAACAACGAUCGCUACGUUUGGAGUGUCGCCCGUGGGAGGGAUCCCACACGACGAGGCCGCGAACACGAGCUCGGGAAGCCCGACCACGCGGUUAGUCUCGCCACCAAUAGCGCACUGGAAUCUGAUGAACGAAGGAGAGACACAAGACAUAUGGUACCACGGGCAAUCUGUGGCAACGGAACCGCUGCAUCGGGACUGCGUGAAUCCCUGGGCUGAGCCUUCCUCGGCAGACUCGACAGAAUUUUUGGUAAUGACGCGACCGGAGCCAAUCGAGGAAACCCCGCAGGAACUGUUGAUCGGAACCUUGGGGGAAUCCUGGCCUGACCUUGUUAACGAGGCUAUGUGGGACCCGUGGAUGGAACCACCACAAGAGACCAUGGCGGAAUGCUUGACCGACCAGUGGAGAGUCUCCACCAAACGUUUGGUGGAAGCCGUUCCAAAUCCUGUGAUGGAGGAGACCCCGCUAGAACCUUUGAUGGAAAACAUGGAUGAAUCGCUGGCGGAACUUUUGACGGAAAGCUGGUCAGAUCUUUUGGCGCUACCCUGGCCAGAGCCUGUGAUGGAAACCCCGGAAGUACCAUUGAUGGAAACCUCGGCGGAACUUUUAGAGGAAGGGUGGUCAGACGUUCUGGUGCAAUCCCGCCCGGUGCCAGAGGCCCCGUUGAUGAAGACUUCGAGUGAACCAUUGGUCAACGCUUGCCGUGAACCUUUGGAAGGAACCUGGAUGGGUCCUAGUUUAAUGCCUCGGGUGCUAGAUGAGUGCUUGGAGAUGGAGAAGGACCUCAAGCCCACGCUCACUACACUUGAGGAAACACGGGUUGUGAGGUCGGCUCAGGCCGCCUUACGAGACCUAAUCAAACGAAAAAAAGGGGGGGCGGCCGGGUUGAUUGUUGAGUUGUCGAUUUCCAAUACGUCGGGUUACGACAUGUCAAUUUCCGAUUUCGAGAAUUGCACAUGGCGAUGGCUAAAACUGGCGUUGUUAAUACGAGAGUGGCAAGGAGGUAAUUUGAUUGCAGAGUUAGAGGAUUUGGUCUCGAGGCCGAUUGGUUUAUCUGAUACCUGGUUUCUGGCGGGCGUCUCGCAGAGAUUCCUCCCGUCCGGGAGUUUAUCCAGCUGGAUGCGUCCUACGAUGUCGUCGAAGGGCGGCUGGGGUUGCCGGAGGAUGGUUUAUCGCGUCUCCUUUCCAGAUGAUGUUGUUCGCUUGCCGGAGAAUGAGGACUCCAUAAAGCGCAUUUGCGUCUACUCAAAGCUAGACUGGUGGUUCCGUCAAGCUCAUAGAAAUAUUAUCAUUGACGAAGAAACAUGGAAGACCUCGGACCGGCCAGAGGCGAUCAUCGCUGUUCAACGUAUUCUGGGCAAGCAAGCAUUUGACGAAGCCGUAGAGGCAAUGAGGAAUGUAAUACCGCCUCCGCGUCAUAUGAAGUUGUCGAAUCUGGCUUACCUAGCUUGCUUACUCAAACGUGUUGAGACAGCUGUGCCGAAACAGAUUAAGAUGAAAAUUAAAAGGAGAAAACGUGGUCCUGGCACAGCCCGUGAUGCUGAAGCCAUCCGUGGUGCUAAAGCCAUCCGUGGUCAUGAAGCCACCCGUGGUCAUGAAGCCACCCGUUGCCCUGAGUCCUCGAUUCCGUCGAGUUCCAAUUCCAUUUUAACGCCAACUCGUUCCUUAACGUCUUUCGCUGGUGCCGAUAGCUCGGUUGAUCCCGAUAGGUCGGUCGCCGCGGAGAUGGCGGCCCUUAUGGCCCGCGUGCUUGAAGAGUGCGGGACGAAAGAGAGAAGCGUGGGAGGAGGUCAGACGUCCGAGGAGAAGCUGCGUAUGGCAAGUCUCGGCUUUCAUACCUUUCUGGGUGUGUUACACUCCACAAAGAAGUCAGAGGAAGCAAGGAAUCGGAGAACGAAUAACUCUUUCGACACAUGUGGGUGGCGAUGGUUGUGUCUGGUUGGGCUAAUGAAUGACUAUCUAGAACCGAAUUUGUUAGACGAAAUAAUAGCUGGCUGUGAAAAGCGUGCGCCGCGACCAAAACAUGUGUCGCCUUUGUGGUACUUGGCUUGUCAGAUGCAGACCUGUAUGAAAGGAAAGGACAUUAGCGAUUUGCUGAAAACGCCUCCGCCGUGGUGGGCUUUCACCAGUGUAAUCUACCGCGACCACUUUCCGCAGACGUUUGGCGAGCUUCCCAUGUCUGAAACAUCCGUCCGCCUAAUUACCUUCAGCUCCAGAGCAGCACACUGGAUUGCAUUCGGAAUCCGCAAUUUCCAUCUGACCCGCAGCACAUGGUUACCCACCAAAAAUAUCGACAUCGUGAAUAUCUUUCAAAUGGUUAUGGGAGACCACUGGUUCAGCGAAAUGAUCAAUAUAAUCAGACCAAAGAUCUCUAAAAUUGUACCUGAUGAGGGCCCAGAACAAAUGAAGAAGCUAUCAGACAAAUCCAUCAUGGAAGCCGUCCUCAGGUACGCGCAGGUUGGUCGAAAGGUCAGCUGUGCAUUCUGCAAGGCCUGGGAUUUUGAUGUUGCCCUGCAUCCCAAAACGUCCAUGGAGAUCAAGGAAACGAACUCGUCGUCGGAGGACGAAUUAUCUCCAAACAAAGGUAGACCGCUCGCCUAG